AGUGUUUCAGGAUCGUUUUCACUGACCGAGUUGAUCUCAAAUAAGAAUGAUGAUCAGAUAGCACACAUAGACUUGGAGCAUCUUUCUCUGUCGCAAUUCCCUCGAAUCGUUGAAACAUGUCAGUACAGAACUCUCAGCCUCGUACCUGGCCUUGGACAUUUCCAAAGUGCAAGGUCCUUCUAGAUGAUGACAGCGACGCCGCAAACAUUCAAAUCGCAGAUAUCGCACCGGGUCAAUUCGCCUCAGCCACAUUCACCUCGUCCACCAAAGCCCGCGAGGCACUCCGCUGCAAGCCUGGUGAUGAGUUCAGUAUCCGCAUCAUUUCCAUAUUCUCCGCAAAAACAAUAUCCCCACUCCAAGUAACUAGCGAGCUGCUAGAAUACAUAUUUGAUACAUACAAUGUACAUCACGACUUUGCGAACGUAGUCGCAUCCUUUGGGCAGGACCCAAACAAGGCUGAAGGAAGCAGCAACAAUGCAGCUGUGCACAUCAAAUCAUCUGGGGAAUGCGAACUCUCAUACCAGAUCCGCUACGUGGAGGAAAAUCAAAGAAGUAAACUGGAUCCCUGGUCUCUUCGACAUUCCGGUAUCUACCACUGCCAUGGCUCCACAGGUGAGGCUGAUACAUUCAUCUUGUUGCACCCCGUUCUUGAGCCAGCCAUCCGACGAAAGAUAGACGCGUUGCAACAUGACGCGCUCAUGAGAGAAGCGCUUUCCACCAAUCCUUUUCUCUUUCAUACGUGGGGGUUUUCCCAGUAUUUUGAUAACUGGCGGUGGUAUUGCAGACACCUCGAUCAUCGUUUCGCUGAGGACAACGACUUAGCAAUGGUCAUGAGACUUGAGCGCGCGGAGCCAAACACCAGCUUUCGCUGUGUUAAAAGCUUGCGCAAUACCAAUGAUCUCAUAAUUUUUGCACGGGCGUGCUGUUCUGGGAAUCUUGACCUUGUCAACCGCCUCCAAACAACGCCUAUUCGAUUGCUCAGUGAGAUCGAUGAGUUGAGUACACACGUGUCAAAGAUGAAGGGCUAUGUUGAAAGCGCUGAUGUCUUGGAGGGAAGGGUGCAGAAUCUGAUCGAUCUGGUCGGGUAUACGUUGACCUUGCGUAACCAGAUGGAAGCAGCAAAAGUUCAAUUAGAAGCUGCUAAGAUUGAUACUGAGCUGCGCGACUUGACUGAAGGGUUGAAGAAGCUCGGCGAACAAUCAGUUGACGACAGCGCAACAGUCAAGAUUAUAACUUUUGUAUCUGCUGUCUAUCUUCCAGGAAGCUUUGCUGCGACGUUGUACGGCAUGAACUUCUUCCUCUUCGAUGCAACUUCGAAGCGGUUGCAGAUCUCAUCUGACUUCUGGAUAUUCGUUUUGACAUGGAUACCUCUGACGCUCAUUACGGGCGGGACGUACAUGUUGUUCCUGUAUCUCCAUGCGAGGCGCCAGGGAAGGGAGUUCCGAUGGCCAUGGCAAAGGAACCCUAAAAACGCGUCGACUAUUGCGACAACCAAGAAAGCCACGUAAGCCGCAACCAUCCUGAGUAGCUACACACAAUUUUGGUUUCAACCUUCACUCUCUUCACCUGUCAUCUUGUAGCAAUUGGAGUAGGAAAGUUGUUUCUAUAGAGACUGGAGCGCCAUUUUAAGACAUCCAUAGGGAUAUGUGAGGAUGAAGAUGAUUUUUGCUUCCACAAGUGUCGACUUCUCAGUGGACACACCAUUCGAUUUCGACACCCUAUAUUCCAUAGAUCACAACAUAUGAUCAACGACCCAUUGAGUUGCUGGCCACAACUGGUAUCAAUAUAACCUUUCCAUCG